CAGUCUUUCAGCAAGCGAUCCAGAAGGAAAGAUACAGUCAUUAUCUGUUAGACUGAGAAGGUUUGCAAAGAAGCAAAAUGAAUAUGGUAUAGCAGACCACAGAAGUGGGAAAAAAGAAGACUGAUACAGAAUUUUGAAUAGGAGAAUUUUGAAUUGAAAACGCAUAUCUCAUAAUUAUAUAUUUUUUUGUCUUUUCAGUGUCUCCUCUUUAAGAGAUAAGUUCCCAUGAGAUUCUUCAGACUCACAUUUAAGUGUUUUGUGGAUUGUUUUUGAAGGUGUAGCACUUCUGGUGCUUUUUAUCUUGAAGUCUAUUCGGUUUUCUGUUGGAAUUUUUAAAAAUCAAGACACAAUAUCCUACAAUAUUCUUUCAAUCAUCUGUGCAUUUGUCCAAUACAAUAUAAAGAAAAGUUGUCUUUCUCAUCACAGGAGAAAGAAACCAUUACAAACAACAGUCUUUCUAGAUUGCAAGAAAGAGGCUGGAAGAACUGAAAGAGAAAAAAAUUUUGAUCAGGGGGUCUGCUCAAGACUGUACAUUUUAAGGUAGAGAAAGAUUUCAGAUUUCUCUUUCCUGCUUGUUUCACUUUUUCUGUCCCAGAAAUUCUAGAGACCUGUAAUUUUUCUUGACAAGGAAACUGAGCCAUGGAGAAUACUGCUCUGAACAGUGAAUGCUGUAUAGUGGAUGGAGUCUCUAAUGAAGAGAAAAAGGGGCAUCUCAUUCCCAAUGGAAAUGGGCACCAGCAUAGGCACUCAAGAGCAAGUGGCACCAUACCGCCCCCAGUGGUCAGGGCAGAGGUUCCAGAAAGAGACAUGUGGACCAGGCAGAUGGAUUUUAUUAUGUCCUGUGUGGGAUUUGCUGUAGGCCUAGGCAAUGUGUGGAGAUUCCCCUAUUUGUGCUACAAAAAUGGCGGAGGUGUUUUCUUCAUUCCAUACAUCACAAUCAUGUUGACUGGUGGCAUACCAAUCUUCUUCCUUGAGAUAUCUUUGGGUCAGUUCAUGAAAGCAGGCAGCAUCAAUGUGUGGAAUAUUGCCCCCCUUUUUAAAGGCUUAGGCUAUGCUUCAAUGGUCAUUGUGUUCUACUGCAACACCUACUACAUCAUGGUGCUGGCGUGGGGGUUUUACUAUCUUGUCAAGUCUUUUACCCACACACUACCUUGGUCAAGUUGCAAAAACCCUUGGAACAGUGAAAACUGCAUUGAAAUUUUUCGGCAUGAUGAAUGUAGAAAUGGCACCAUUGGAAAUGCAACUUUUGGAAACAUGACAUGUGAGGAGCUGGCAACUGGGAGAUCACCCAUUAUUGAAUUCUGGGAGAACAAAGUUCUGAAUAUUUCAAGUGGAUUAGAAACACCAGGUUCUAUUAACUGGGAAGUGAUGCUGUGUCUUAUGGCAACUUGGGUUAUCGUGUACUUCUGUGUUUGGAAAGGGGUCAAAUCAACAGGAAAGAUUGUGUAUUUUACAGCCACUUUCCCAUAUGUAGUCCUUAUCAUCCUGCUUAUUCGUGGCGUAACCCUGCCAGGCGCUCAUGAUGGCAUUCUCUAUUACCUAAAGCCAGAUUGGUCUAAACUUGCUUCAGCACAGGUUUGGAUUGAUGCUGGUACACAAAUCUUUUUUUCUUAUGCAAUCGGACUUGGUGCUCUUACUGCACUAGGCAGCUAUAACCGAUUCAACAAUGACUGCUACAAAGAUGCCUUUAUCAUAUCUCUUAUUAACAGUGGGACCAGCUUCUUUGCUGGGUUUGUUGUCUUCUCUAUUCUGGGAUUUAUGGCUUCAGAGCAAGGUGUGGAUAUUUCUAAGGUUGCUGAAUCAGGUCCAGGCCUGGCAUUUAUUGCAUACCCCAAGGCUGUCACCCUGAUGCCAAUUGCCCCACUUUGGGCAGCUCUGUUCUUCUUUAUGCUUUUGCUUCUUGGACUGGACAGCCAGUUUGUAGGUGUUGAAGGCUUCAUCACUGGGAUCCUUGACAUCUUACCUGGAAAGUAUUAUAUGCGCUAUCGGCGUGAGAUAACUGUAGCCGUUUGUUGUGGGCUGUGUUUCAUAAUUGACCUCUCAAUGGUCACACAGGGAGGGAUGUAUGUCUUCCAGCUGUUUGACUAUUACUCAGCCAGUGGGAUGACUCUGUUAUGGCAGACAUUCUGGGAAUGUGUAGUCGUGUCUUGGGUUUAUGGUGGAGACAGAUUCAUGGAUGACAUUGCACGCAUGAUUGGCUACCGUCCUUUUCCAUUGGUGACGUGGUGCUGGAAAUUUGUCACCCCAUGUGUUUGUAUGGGCAUAUUUAUUUUUCAUCUUGUGAACUAUAAACCUCUAACCUACAACAAAGUCUAUGUGUAUCCCUGGUGGGGUGAGGUGAUUGGAUGGUGUUUCGCUCUGUCCUCCAUGUUGUGCAUUCCAGCCACCGUGAUCUACAAGAUGUUCCGUGCCAAAGGCACUUUUAGAGAGCGUUGGUUACACUUGACCAAACCUGUGUGGGGUGCCCACCAUCUGGAAUACAUGUCUCCAGAUGCUGACAUCAAGAGCCUAGCCUCACUGACACCUGGCUCUGAAGAUAACAAGGUCAUCAUAUUUGAAAGUGUCAUGUGAGGCUGAAGCCUAUAUAAUGCAAAAAAAAAUUCCAUCUUAGUCACAUCAGCAAGGCCUCCGUGUUUGUUUCAUCAUCAGACUGGUAAAUAGCAAUGUAAGCAAGAGGGGCACAUCAGAAUUCUUGCACACAAAGAUCUGUAAAAUAAUUAAAUUAUGCUAGAUUUACCAGUAAAAUUAUCUAAGCAAGGUAAACACUGAAAAGUGAUAUUAUAGUAAAUAUGUUUUAUAAUUAGAAAAAAAUAAGUAAAAUAUUCAGCAAUGUUAGUGAUGUCUGUCAAAUAAUACUAGACAUGAAUUGCAAUGUUCUUAAUGGAAUUUGUAUGAGGUUAAACUUUACCUUCUGAACUUCAGGAUUACACCAGAAUGUGGCGCUACCUCAUUACUUGAAAUUGAAGAACAUUCUUUGACAUGAUUUAAUCAAUACCUUCCGUCCAAGCCUUGUUCCAAUUGAAAGGCACCUAGCAGCAGUUUGGGGGGGGACUGGGUUGGGGUGAUGGGGUUAUUGUUCACACCUGAUAUUCCCACUUUUAAAGCAAUUCUUCCUCAAUAUCUGAGCCUGAAGGUUUUGAGGAGUGCUAUACAGAAAUAAAGUGAAUUGGAUGAAUUGAUGGACUGGAGUCCUAUGCAACCAGGAAUAACCUUCAGCCAUGUGCAACGUGGAUGCAUAAAACUUUCUAGUGUUUUCCUUGCUGAGUUAAUUUCCCAUUGUUUACACCAGCUCAUGUGUACAGAAAUCUACCCUGGUGUACAAGUAGUUGUGCCAAUUAUUUAAGUGUCUGCUUAUAGGUAAUGAGUCCAGACUGAGUUAGCUUGCAUUCAUCCAACUGCAGAUCAGUACUUGCAGCUUAUUUGACUUUUGUCUUAAAUGUAUAUAACGAUAAUUGCAUUAAGAGUUCAUCUUGUAAGCCACAUCUCCCAGGUGUUUUGUGUACUGCUAGAUUUCCACCCUCUUGUAAAUUAACGUUGGAAGCAGGGAAACUCAAACCAACAUUUUGCACAUCUUUUGGAUUUUGUCUGGGUAGUCAUUGCUUCAUGUCUGAAGGCUAUAAUGAAACAAAAACAAUAGAAAAGACUAGAAAAGACAGGUGGCUUCUAAAAGGGAAAAGUAGUACCAUUGCCCUGUGGCCCACAGACAUGAAGAUGUGCGUUGAGAAGAACUGCUUUGAAUGAACUAGCAGGACAGCUUCUAGAAGUGGAUUUGCACAUUGUUGUAAAAUGGUAUCUCUGGCUCAUGGCUUAGACUAAUCUUUAGGAUGCCAAAAUAUGUUAAGAAUAAUCAUGAUACUGUAAAUUUAGAAUUUUUCUUCUACUACUCAGAAUAUAAAUGAAAUUUAUUUUGAGAAUUACUUUAUUUUGUUGAAGUUUGUAAAAAAUGUAAUUAUAUACAGUAUGUAAGAAAGACAAAUGCAGUACCUUUGGAGUGAAUAAUUGCAGUAUACAGUGGUGCUUGGCUGACAGCCAAAGAUAGGCUUUUAUGAGUGAUAACAUGCUAAGGUCCAUUUGGUUUCUAAUAUUUGUGUGUCGAAACCUCAGCUAAAGCCAUCCUUAAGAUGCAACCAGAGUUCUUCGUAAUGUGACUCAGUGUCCCAAUUUGGAGUAUUGUCAAUAAGCACGCUUGCACUACCCAAUCAGAACCGAAUCAAACGCUACCAGUAGAUUUUCCUAAACCUAGAAUCAUAGAGUUGAUCCUUGAGAUCUGGAGCCGCAGUAUCGAUUUGGGUCAUUCUGAUGUUGGAGCUCGUAUUCCGACUCAGGUGGCCGUGUAAACGCUAUACUGAAUCAUGCCCCAGCAAGCCAUGCAAUCACUCAGAAUUUUUUUUCCCAGUCUCUUUAAGAAAAUGAUCCAUAUCUUACAAGAGCAUUACUUAACUUGCCUCUGUUUUCAAACUAGAUGUUUUAUAAACAGGCUUACCUUUGUAACCAUCGGCACAAGUUAUUCUCAUAUUAUGCAGUCAUCAUUGCUUUCUUUUUAGCUUUUGUUUCCUUUGAGACUAUCACAAAUGAGACCUUAGACUCAUAAACCUAAAUCCAUUAAGUGAAAUAAAACAUAACUUCCUAUGGUUGUGCUGGAUGACAGCUUGAUUUUUAAUCUCAAAGGUGAGGAUAGCAUUUAGUAUUAGGAGUGGGGUCACAAAUGCAUACCCAGACACAUUAAUGGGGUCACUCGGAACUGAUGCAACUUUUUCCCACAUUAAGAGCUCCUAUUGGUUGCAGGUCAGGUCAGAUGGCACUUUGGCUCUCCUUGUUCCAUUCAGCAACUCGUCCAGAGAGCAUACACAUGUUAGCUCAGUGUUGCUCAGAGCAGAAAAUAGCAGUUGGUGGUAUAAAUAUGACUGUUUUGAUUAGGUAGCAUUUGGAAUUGUGCCAUCACAAUGUAAACGCAACAAAUGUGCCACAUGUGUGCGCCAGGCGUACAUGUGUGCAGAAAGGCUUGCAACACAGUUUUUGUAUUGAUAAAAGUGUGUUAUACACAUACUGCUAGAAUAUGUAUAAGCGUUUAUACCCUUCUUGUACCAACCUAAAUCCUGCGCUUAUGCCAAGUUUUCAAUUAAUUUGUCAUUGCCCCUAAACCUUUUCCAACAGAUUGCAUUUCAAGAGCUCCACAGAUUAGAAAUACAUGUCUGUGAAUGUUUAUUACUGAUUCCUUCACCACCAUAACCUAAUCCCACACCACCAUUUUGAGAGUCACUGUAAAUGUUUUGGGCAACCCAUGUACAGCUACAGAAUUCGCAUUGGACUGACAGAAGGUCAAAAGACACCCCUAAUGCGUUUUUGUAAAUAACUACAAUAGAUGGGCAAUAAAAGUGUUUACAUAGCAAGAUGAAUGCAAGAGAGCUACUGGCAUCUUCCUAGAGACGACGUGCUUGUAGGCACUUAACAUGUCCAUUUGCCUCUGCACAUGUGAUGCUGGUGAUGCUUUGUUCAGUUUGUACAACCAAAUAGAAAACAUUGUAGAAGAUACCAUAGAGUGAAAGGUACAGUGACAUUAGGCUGUAAGUCGCCCCAUUUGUGAGAAUAUCCCACAGACUUGGGAGAGCGGAGGCCAACUAUUUGCCCAAGUGAAAUUUCACAGUAGUGUGUGUUGCACCACUCUCUCAAGGGUCAUUCAGAAGCAAAAUAAAAGUUCAGAUUCAAAAUAAAGUGAUAGAAUAUGAACAUUUGUCUAAGGUAGAUGUACCACUUUAGGUUGCCAAAAUCUUGGUCUCAUGCUGUUUGCUUAGGAUGACGGGCCAGCUUCUAAAGACAAGAAAUGUGAAUCCAUACUGAGACUUCAUCCCAAAGCCAGAUGUUCUUGAACUCAGAUAAAUAUUUUCUCAGCCCACUCUAUUCCCGAUAUUUUCUUUUCCAAUUCCAUUUUUCAGUAGUUUAGAUGGCGUGAAUUUUCAGUACCAUCAUAUUUCAAUAUUAAUGUUUGAUUCCAGAGAGAAAUUUUUAGGAUAUCACCUCCAGGUUAUGUCUGUCAAAGGACUGAAAGCACCAGAUUCGUCUUAUCAAAGCUGGAAAUUUCACUGUGCAGUAUUUUUUCUUUUCAGGGUUUAUUUUAGUUGUUCAUACAAUCCUACUAUUGCUUAAAAAGUUUGAAAUUUUAACAGGCAGAAAACCUGUUGAUCCAAGAAUUAAUUUUUCCUACCACGUGCAGAGGAGCGUGAUGUAACUGUAGAAAGCAUAGCUGGACAUUUUAACAGAUGUGGAGUGAGCUUCGGUCAGUUGAAAUAGUUACGGCCUAAUUAGAAUGGAGUGUCAGAUGUCAUUCCUUGUGGAUGUCCCAUAUGAAGGAUCCCAUAACCCAAAUGGCAGGUAAAGCUUGAAUUUGCAUAAGCAGACCCGUCUUAUCACUCAAUACAGAUGGUAGCACUGUGAGCUUUGGUUUGAAAAACAGAAACUGGACUACUCUUGGCUUUCUUUUUGGCCAUUCCGUGAAACUUGAAUUUAUCACAGCAGUUUAGACUGGGCUGAUCCAAACUAAACAUAUUGAGUUACGUUGUUUUUUAUCCAGUCGAUGGUCUACACAUUUUUCAGAAGAUAUUAAUGAAGUGUCCGGACCACCUCACCAACUGGAGACCAGACUGGCUUUUUGUGUUGCGUGUUGACAAUACUCCUUCGUGCCUAUGUUUUGCAAACAGCUAACAGUCUGUCAUGUCGAUUCCUCGAGUCGCAUUGCUGCUUAUUGUGUCUUCACCUGACUGCUGCUGUGGACUUUGAGAUGAAUACACAGGGCGUCGUCAUUCAGCAAAGAGUGAAAGCAGCUGACAUCAGGACACGUUCAGGAUUAUCCAAUCACACACACAGCCAAUUAAAUAUGCAAAUGUCGGCAGCUUGGAAUGAAUGCGUCCGCUGAUCACACUGCCCAAAAGCGACUGAGCAGAUUACGGCCUGCGGGCUAAGGGUCUCGGCGCUGCCGUCAUGCAAUGCUUCCAGAUGGCCAGAGGCGUAAAACCAAAUAAAGUUAAUCAGUAUUAAAUUUGUUAACGGUUUUCAUAUCAGUAUUUUUGUUUGUGAGAGCAAAUAAUUUCUAUGCCAAAACAUAGUUUAUAAUAUACAUAGUAUUAAUUGUCAGCUGGCUUCUGAAGUGUGUAUUUUUAAUUUUUUGUGGACUGUAGAUAAUAGAUAAAAAAUAUGUGAUAUAUAUACAGUAUAUAUAUAUAUAUAUAUAUAUAUAUUUUGAAUACUUCCAUAACAAGCUUUCCAAAUGUAUUAUAUUUUAAAAUUCCAAUAGAAAAUGACAAUGGAACUUGAAGCACAUUUUGAACUUUUUGAAAAGAGCAGGCUUAUAUUUUCUCCAAUGUAUAACAGGAUUUGCACUGUACCGUACUCGCCAUUGUAUAGCAGGACGCGGACUGUGUACAGAUGAAGCCAGAGUAGGGCGUAUUGCACAUAAAGUACAGGCGCAGUUUACAGCAUUUGUAAAUAGAAUGUGUAACGUUUUAGUUAACAAAUGUGUACUUACCCAUGAUGUACAGAGCCAUUCAUGUCCCCACUCGGUUCAAGGUGGUAUCGGCGGGUCGUCCCCCUUUAUGUUUCAGUGUACAGAGCUGGACAUCACUUUGAAGUAUUUGUUUCAUGAAGACUUCAUCAUGAAUUGGCACUUGUCAUAUUCUCGCAGGUAGCUGUACAGAUUGUGGAGGAGACGCUGGAUGAGCCGCUCCUAAACCAUUGUAGUCGCUGAUGAAUUCACCAGUAAUGCAUGUGUCUCAGUCAGGUGGGCAUGGUGGGAAUGUGGGUAAGGAUUCUGUCCAGAAUGGAGUACUUUCCUUGUAACCGCAACUUGAUCUGUCAUUCUUGUGCUAAUGAGCCUCGUCCAGUGAGCCAUCUCCAAAUAAACCAUGUCUUCCAUUAAAAACAAUACCUGUACAAAGGGCUCCAUGCUUUUACUCCACUGUGACUGUGCUGCACUCACUCACUAGCAAAUAAAAACAAACAUGGCAAUAAAGCAAAUUGUGAACAAA